UUGCCAGUCAGGAGUUGUAAACGGGGAUAGCGAACGGGAGGGAUAAGUGCUACGCCAAUUUCUCAGCCGACUAAUCAUGACAGUUUUGAACGGCAAGGAGCCGGCACAACAGGGUGUUUCUUCCAGUCAAGGGCGUCUCGUCCACUGCCUGCUCCUCUGGGUCGUGCUGCUGUCGACCCUACAGAUCCUCACGUUGGCGGUCUUCUUCGCUGUCGUGUAUCCGCAGAUAUCUGUGAAAUCUGACUUACCAAGUGGAUUUGUUAUUGCAGAGAGGGAAGGGAAGAUUAAAGAAAAGAUUUCAUGGGAGCAGAAACCUGGGAUGGUUUCAAACAUAAAACUGAUAAAUGACAGCUUUCAGAUUCCAAAGGAUGGCCUUUAUUACCUGUACACAAAAAUCAGCUUGGUGACGAAUGCAUCUGUAAACCAGAACCAUACCUCUAACCACUUUAUAAAAGUGAAACGGAAGGAUGGAAGUGAUGAAAGUGAUCAAUCUUUUCUUCUAGUCGGUGACAUCAUAAAUGGUGGUCCACACAAAGCUUCUACCUCAGGGUACAUCGGUGGCCAGUUUGUGCUUAAUGCUGGAGACUUAAUUUAUGUUAAUUGUCAUCCACCCACUAAAAUAAACCCAAAUGAUUACGAGACAUAUUUUGGCAUUUAUAUGCUGCAGGAAGUUUAAUGUUUUUCUGGAUUUUUAUUCCCCUUCUCUCGCUCUCUGCCUCUCUCUCUGCAUCCCAAAGCCCUCCCCACAUCUCACUCCAACACCAGGAUUUACUUGUGCUGUAUGCUGGAGGACAUGGACAGAAUCCGGUGUCGUCUUUCCAAUGUGCGUUUAAUGUCGGAAUGCAAUCAGUCCGUCUUUGAGGACAAUGCAGUCUGCGUCUUGGCUUACCAAUCGACAUGACACAAGCUGAGGUUUAGCAUUUGCUAUUCAGACUCUCUUGAUGCGGGUUUGCUGUACAAUCUGAACUUGCCCCAAGGAUCUUUAAAAACCUACAAAACUAACCCACUGAUGUUCGGUGACAUCAACCUUUAAAGAAUUUGUUAGGCCAAGAGUUUCCUGUCCAAGCUUUUCUUGUGAUUUUGUUUAAAUGACUCAUUUUAUUAUGAAUAUUUAUCUGAUCCAUGUUUCUAAAAAUUGGUAAUUAUCAGUCCUAUCAUGCUCUGAGGUGGUUACAUUCUUAUCAUUGUCCUAUCACCUAAUGACAAAUUGUAAGCUAUAUAUUUAUGCAUCUUCCAGUUUAGCAGCCUUUCUGUGCUAUUCAUAUAUUUAUUUAACAUUAUCUUAAUGUGUAGAAGUGUUCUAUAUUAGAUUUACAUCUGCUUGUGGACUGACGACACCGAAUAGGUGAGUGAAGAGCCACAGCCCUUCCCAGCAGGAUACAACUGCGGCACUGGGCACCAGUGUGUCACGUACUCUCAGAGGUAAAACUUCUGAUUCUAGAGGUGACUGGUUUUUAUUUUAUUACCACGCUUAUUUUAACUUCACCUGUUUAUCGUCUGGUACCAAUCUUGUCAUCGAUAUUUAACCCACUUCCUAUUGUCCAAAUGACUUGAAAUUUUACACACUUACUCACUUCUGAUGACAAUACAUGAAUCAAUAUUCAUUUUCAUUAAUUGAUCAAUUAAUUCAUGUUAAUUAAGAAAUUAAAUUUUAAUGUGAAGAAUAGUUAAAGAUUUCACCAAUAGAUGGCUCUAGUAAUGGAUAGAAAUAUUAAAGGAAGUGUUAAAAUAUUGAUUACAAAAUUGUACUAAA